AUGGCGUCUUUUCUCAGACAUCAAACAGCAUUAUCUCCAAGUGCCCGUGGCAGUAUCCGCUCAGGAGCUUCAGGCAGACACCAUUCAAAGACUCUCCAAUCUGCCCCUCACGGUAGUUCUGCUUUUUCUCGUAUUUUUAGUGCAAAAAAUAUAACAAGCAACAUUUUACCAAAUUUCAUGGUUUCAGAUCAAACAAAGAAAGGCCUGACUGAAGAAGAGCUUCAGAAGUUUAACCUAAUGAACGCUAUGUAUUCAAACCCUCAAGAAUCAUUAUCAAGGACGCAAGUAAUUUUCGAAUCUCGGGAAUCUCUAGGCAGAUGUGCAACUGAAGGCGAUCUUACUUCCCAAUAAUAAGGAAAUUCUCGCUUAUGUGGGUUUAGUAUAUAAAUUUCCAAAUAGUAAAUUUUAUAUGAUAUAAUUUUUUAACUAAAUUUCUUAUGGCCGUUAUACGCGCCAUUUUCAUAGAAAUUUCAAAUUAUGAAUUUGACGCACUAAAAUCUGCGUUUUGAAACGUAUAUUAGGUUUCCGCAUACCAAAUUCAAAAUUCAAAAUGACACGCAUAUGCAUGAUAAGAAAUAAAUGCAACGCAUUAUAACUUUUAUAGGGAGUAAAUGUCCAAUAUUUUCAUUUUCAACCUCCAUUAAUAAGAUAAUAUAAAAUUUACAAUUUGAAAAUUUCACUCAAAAAGCACCUAUGAUAAACAAGAAUUUGCUUAUUACUCGGGAGAGUUAAAGCAGAUCUCCUAGCUCCAGAACCAGCCCAACGACAAAGUUUACCUAUUAAUAAUCGAUUAAAGAUAAGCACAGAAAAAAUUGAAGAAAUCAAAAAAAUUGAAAAGGUUACUAGGGAUAUUUUUAACCCUACCCUUAAGCCCAGCGAAACUAUAUUGUCGAUAAGGAAAAGAGAGCUAAAGAGAGAGGACCUUGUUAAACUUAAAGAAGGCGUUGAUUUACCUGAAUGCAUUGUGGAUUGCUAUUUAUCUAUUCUUAAACACACAAAUAGCUUGAGAAUUAGAUAUACUCCAGGCGCUUUAAGGGUGCUAAUUGCGAGCGCUAGUUUUAGCUCGAUGGUAUUUUUGAAAGGAAGAGAAAUAGCACAGCCUAAAUCAAUGGAGAAAUAAAUUGGUGACGUUACAUAAAUUCGAAUCCGAGGCACACUCUUUAUGGAACUUUUAAAGACCCAUUCUGAUUAAGCUUAAAGAAGGGUCUCUACUCCGUUUGGAAUUAGGCCUUGGAAAGGCCAUUCAGGUUGGAAAUCAAAAAGUUCACCUUUGGAGUCAGGGUAGUCUACUGAUAGAGGGUGCUAUCAUAACAAUUAAACUUAACUUAAAUCAAACGUGUUUAAAUACGAUUUUUUAUUGUUUCCAAUCUUUGUAGGGUACUGAACACUUUUGAUAGUGGAUAUGAAAAGAAUGACAGUAAAGUAUUAUGAAUAUUAGCCUUAAUCAACUUAAUCUUUGCGUCUAGACUUUUAAAAUUAUAUAUAAUUACAGGGUUUUCCCCUAUAUAGCCCUUACAGGGCUAUAAAAAGCAAAGGCCUAUAUUCUUUUUUUAUAUAAUAAAAAGUAUUAUGAUCCAGUUAAGGAGCAUAAAACAGUUUCCAUUGUAAUGACAAGGCUAACAAAAUUCAUUCAAAAAGCAGCGCCACGAGAGGACCAAAGAGUAAACACUAAUUUUCAAUUUAUCCCAACACCAGUGCCAAAUAUCCAUUUUACAGACAGCGGAGUAUUUGUUUGCACCGAAGCAGAAAAUAUUGCAUGCGGGAAAAAUAAUAAGGUUACUAACUCCCCCCUCCGUGAGUGAACAAAACCAUUGGAAAAAUCGUUAUUUUUUGCCCAAAAAAACCACCCUCAGUGAACAAAAAUUUUUUAUGGAAAAAAUAUUUGAUAUAUAAGUGAUAAUUAGUAUAGCCCGAUCUAUAGCCGGGAACGGGCUAUAUAUGAAUUCUCGAGCUAAUUCUGUUUAUUUUUUAAACAAAUUGCGCUUUAAAACAUAAAUUUUAAAUAUUUGAUUUCCAAUUUUUAUAGAAGUGAGUUUUUUUAUAAAAAAAGAAAAUUAACCCCCUCCUUGAGUGAACAAAAUUUUUUUGUUCACUCACGGAGGGGGGGAGUAAAGAAUCAACAGAUAAUUAUAGGAAAGAUAUGCUAGCAGCGCUAGUAAAAGCAUCAAGCAUAUAA